CGGGAAGCAGGGAGGAGGAGGUGGGAUGGGUUGAUGUUGCCACGGUAAUAGAGGAGGCGACCACUCGCCAAAUCAUCGAGCUGCUGGGGCUGAACUGGAAAAAAAAAUACACACACACACACACACACACGCACAAGUGGAGGGGGGUGAGGAAAGCAGUUUAGAGGGACUGAAAGGAGGAGAGGAGGGGGCGAAAAACAAUAACAACAACGGCAAGGGAUUAGGCAUCGACCGAGCAAUCAGGAAGUCCAUUUAGGACAAAGCGGUGUCAAAAUCCUCCCAGACCUCAGUCGUCAUCAUCAGAGCCGAGCUGCCAGUCCGAUUGGACAGCUGCUCAAGAUCUAUGGGUGGGAAAGAAAAACGGAAGCACACAAAGGAGGGAUGAAAUAAAACAGGUGAGAAAGGAGAAGCGACUCUGGGACGAUGGCUGUGAUGUUGUGAGCUGGCCGGAGUGAUGCCUGGGGUGUAAAAACAGAGAGAGAGGAGCGUCGCUGGAUAUGAAGAGCAUGCGUCAGCACUAAGGCUGGGUGAACAGGAGGCAGAGAGAGAGAGAGAGACGGUGACAGCACAGAUGAGAGAGGCAGAGCAGCAGAGAGAUUGAGACUAGAGGUGGAUGGGACGAUACAAAUAAAGCCUGCCGGAUUUGUCACCUUCUGUGCCACACCUUGGCUGCAUCAUCCUUCUUCACUGCAGCAGCUCUGAGGACCAACAGAAGGUGUUUCCUCUUUAUUGAACAAUACAAUCAGUGAAUUUGUGUGGAUUGAUCAGAUUCACACCCCAGACGCUUCUUGAAGACUAAACCCUUCAACACCCUAAAAGGACAAACUGUACUUCUUUUAACAAGUGGAUUUUCUUCUGCAUUUCCCCCAUAGAGGGACACUUCCCGCCUGCACACAACAAUGCAAGAAUUGAGACUGUUUUCAUUCUGCGCUGAGAAUUAUUGUCUGCGGACUGCCAGAGGAAUUCAUUGCUAAAAAAGAAACCGUUUCCAUUAAGAUAAGCGCCUGUGUUUUUGCAGACUGAGUGAAAAUGUGGAGCUCUUUGUCCGGCCAUUUGCACCGAAUGCUGACUCAACCCAAAUGACGAAGACAAUGAAGGUGGACGCCAAAGAGCAACAGCGGAGUUAGAUGAAUUCUCAGACAUAUUGUGCCGAGCUGUGUGAGAUAAUGCAGCACCGUUCUGUGGAGAAUACAGCACUCGUCUUCCGAAUGACAGCGUGGACCCUGAAGCGAGCUGACUGACCAACUGACUGACUGACUAAGUGCGUGGGUUGCUUUGGGACUGGAGCGGCGAGGACUCUGAGGACACGUAGCCCCGGGCAGGUACCGGCCGGGUGUUGCAGCCCCGCAAUGGGGGAGACAGCGGAAUACCAGAGACUGCAGGAGACGUCAGAAUGUGACUACCAACGUCUGCCCAGCGAUGACGAAGAGAAACUGGGCAGUAGCAUGCAGUGUGAGGAAGGAACAGAAUGGCUGCUGGAGCUGCUGAUGGAGGUGCAGCUGCAGCAGUACUUCCUGCGGAUCCGAGAUGACCUUAACGUCACGCGGCUGUCACACUUCGACUACGUCAAGAAUGAAGACCUGGAGAAAAUCGGCAUGGGUCGACCUGGGCAGCGACGGCUGUGGGAGGCUGUGAAAAGGAGGAAAGCCAUGUGCAAGCGCAAGUCCUGGAUGAGCAAGGUGUUUAGUGGCAAACGUCCAGAUGGAGGAGAUUUCCCCCAGCAGGGCCAACCAGCGUCUUCGUUUCGUAAACUCUGUCCCACGCCUCCCCUGGGUCUGGAGGAGGGAGUCCUGACCACUCAGCCCAGUGGUGGUGCUCCUCUUGAUGGGCAGCAGCAGCAGGCUCUGACCUGCCUCAUCCCAGAGAAGGACCUGACGCUGUUUGAGAAGCUUGGAGAUGGAUCCUUUGGUGUCGUGAAGAGAGGAGAGUGGCUCACACCUGCUGGGAAGGUGCUGAACGUAGCUGUGAAGUGUCUGAAGACAGAUGUCCUCAGUCAGCCCGACGCUCUGGAGGACUUCAUCUGUGAGGUCAACGCCAUGCACUCCCUGGACCACCAGAACCUCAUUCGCCUCUACGGUGUGGUGCUCACACACCCAAUGAAGAUGGUGACUGAAUUGGCUCCUCUGGGUUCUCUGCUGGAGCGCUUGCGAUGUGUUCGUCCACAGGGUCCAGUGUUGAUCCACACUCUGUGUCAGUACGCUGUGCAGGUGGCCUGUGGGAUGGCUUAUCUGGAGCAGAGGAGGUUCAUCCACAGGGAUCUGGCAGCCAGGAACAUCCUGCUGGCUUCAGCUCACAGAGUGAAAAUCGGUGACUUUGGCCUGAUGAGGGCGCUACCUAACAACCACGAGCACUAUGUCAUGCAGGAGCAUCGCAAGGUCCCGUUUGCAUGGUGCGCCCCAGAGAGUCUGAAGACGAGAACAUUCUCCCAUGCUACAGACACAUGGAUGUUUGGAGUCAGUCUCUGGGAGAUGUUUACACAUGGCCAGGAGCCUUGGCUGGGACUUAAUGGCAGUCAGAUUCUCCAUAAGAUUGAUAAAGAAGGUGAACGCCUCCCUAAGCCAGAGGAUUGUCCGCAGGAUAUCUAUAACGUCAUGCUGCAGUGUUGGGCUCAGAAACCAGACGACAGGCCAACUUUUGUCGCCCUGCGGGAGUUCCUGCUCGAGACAAUGCCCACAGACAUGUGCGCUCUACAGGACUUUGAUGAGCCUGACAAGCUGCUGAUCCAGAUGAAUGAUGUCAUCACCAUCAUAGAGGGGAGGGCAGAGAAUUACUGGUGGCGAGGUCAAAACAAGCGAACCCUUAAGGUCGGACAGUUCCCCAGGAACGUGGUGACAUCAGUAGCGGGUCUGUCAGCACACGACAUCAGCCGGCCGCUGAAGAACAGCUUCAUCCACACAGGACACGGAGACAGCAACCCUCAUCGCUGCUGGGGCUUCCCUGACAGGAUUGACGAUUUGUACCUCGGGAAUCCCAUGGAUCCUCCUGAUGUUCUGGGUGUAGACCUCGGUACUGCUCGGCCCACGCAGCUACCAGGACGAGCAAAAAAACCUUGCUAUGAUCCAGUAAACGAGGAAGAGGAUCUGACCUCUACAGGACUAAAGAGAUUAUCGCUGCGGAAAACAGGUUCUGUCAAAGGCCUCAAGCUUAAACCGGCUGCGUGGGUCUCUGCGUCCAAACAGGGGAGCAGCAGGACUUCAGGCCACAAUCCCAACAGUGAAGUUUCCCUCAUUGACUUUGGGGAGGAGUUCCCUCCAUCCACACCUACCCCUUCUCCUGUGGUUGAAAUUCAAAUUCCUUCAUUGGCCAGACUAGCUUUGGAAGCAGAGAACAUCCUGGACAGAACUCCACCUCAAAGCCCAUCUAGAUCACUGCCCCGCCCCCUUCACCCAACACCUGUAGUGGACUGGGAUGCACGGCCGUUACCUCCACCUCCAGCCUACGAUGACGUAGCCCAAGAUGAAGAUGACAUGGAGGUGAGCUCCAUCAACAGCUCGGAGCAGCAGCAUGAGGAGGAGCCUAAUGAUGUCCAAUGUUCAGAAGAAGCUCCGUCCUCUGGGCAAAAGAUGGACGGUCCAGACAGACCAGGUCUAGAGGACAACCUCUUUCUCCCCAGUAAGCAGAGCCAGGCUCUGUCCUCCUCUUUCUCCCAGUCUGCAGAGAUUUUUCAAGAACUCCAGCAGGAGUGCAUGCGGAGGCUCAAUGUACCAACCGGAAGCGCUCAUCGGUCAUGUUCACCCUCCCAUAGCUCAAUUUCGUGUCACCAGAAUCCUCAGAACAACCAGACCUUUGAGGGACAACAGCAGAGUGUCCUCUCCUCCCAUGAGGACAAACCUCAGAUCCCCCCUCGUGUCCCCAUCCCCCCUCGCCCCAUAAAAAGAGGCGACUACACAUCUGCUCGCUGGUCAAGGGACCUCUCUCUUUCUCCAAUGCCAGCUGACACCACAGAGGACGUUUCAGGCUCAAGCCAGGACCAACCACCUCAUCCCCCCAGAGACCCUUUGUCUCAGCCAGGCUCCAGAACUCCGAGCCCCAUGGGUCUGGUCGUGGGCUCCCCCCAGCAGAGGCUCUACUCUGUCAGCCCCGCUGCCCUCACAUCCUGCCCCCCCACACACACCUACAGCUCCUACCUCUCCACCUCUCCAGGUAAACUCAUGCCUACUACACACAGCUUUGCCUCAGAUCCUAAAUAUGCUGCACCCAAAGUGAUCCAAGCACAGGGGAAGGACACUGCCAACAAGGGCCCCUGUAUCCUGCCGAUCGUCCGUGAUGGGCGUAAGGUCAGUAACACCCACUAUUACCUCUUGCCAGAGAGGCCGCCGUACCUUGAUCGAUUCGACCGCUUUUUCAGGGAGGCAGAGAGCCUUCCUGCUGGCGACGUGGAGGACAGACAUGUACGGCAAGCUAACACCGCCACCGUCCGACCCAUGGUAGUCAACAGCCAGACAGUUCAGGGUCACGUCCAGGGGCAGGGGCUGGUCCAGGCGGGCGAGCUAAAGGCUAAUUUCUCCUCCAAUAACAACAGCACUCUGAGUGGGCAGCGGUCAGGGAUGAAGACAUCAGUUAGUCUCCCUCGUGUUUGUUCAGAUGGAUUGGCAGCACCAGUGGGCACUGCUUCCUGUACCAGGACAGACGGAGGAGGGAAUUCAGCUGACAGGGUCAAAAUGGUGCAGGAGGCAGUUCACGGUGUGACAAUAGAGGAGUGCCAAGCCGCCCUCCAGAACCACAACUGGAAUGUCCAGAAAGCUGUGCAUUAUCUAAAGGUGGAGCAGUUGUUCUGCUUGGGUCUGAGGAGCAAGUCGGAGUGUCUAAAGCUGCUGGAGAUGUGUGACUGGAACCUGGAGGUGGCCAGCACUCAGAUGUUAGAUAACUAUGGAUCCACAACAAGACAGAGACGGUGACAGAAAUCUGAAGCUGCUAAGCUCUGGUUGGAACUUCGUCUUCAGUGAAACAUCAUCAGAGGAGGUGAAUCUUCUCCUGACUCUUUCUGUUCGAUGCUUCAGUCACGUCUCUAAUUAGAAGACUGUAAUUCAAGAAUCAAGCACAAAAUAUUCAAGAUGGCUCCAUUUGUACUGAUUGUACCAUGGGUGAAAAAAAGACUUCUGACUUGUGUCUGAAAGUUAUGUGAUUGUUGCACUUGCUGAGAAACUGUCUACCACCAUCCACCAUCAAUCAAAGUUUUUUUUUAAAGGGCAAAAAUGACUGCACUUAUGUGUUCAGGACCAGUGGGUGAGCCUGAAACGCAUCACCCUGACGGACCCCACAGCGUCACAGACCCAAACUCGACACAAACUCGGAUGUCAGAUCCUCUCACUGCCACAAUUACACUGUUGACCAACUGCAGUGAGCUUUUCUUUAGUAAAGCCAGUUUGAAAGUGAAUCUGAAGAGGCCAAAAUGAGAUGAUGAGCACAAUAUAAACAGUAGCACUUUCUGAAAAGAUCAACACUCCGCCAAGAAGUCAUUAUAUUGACAGAAACACACACGUUUUACUGAACUCUCAGCACUGAACCUAUAUAAUGUACGUACAGUUCAUUAAAGGUCAACCUCCUGUGUUAGCGUCACUUCCAAGUACAUUUUGUGAAGACCAAUUUUAAAAAUCAAAGUACCUCUGACAUGUCUGAGCACAAUAAAGUGCAACAUUUAAUUGGCUGUCAAGGCUAAUAUUGCACAGGGGUAAUUUUGCCUGUUAACUGUUAUUAAGAAGGGUGGAGAGAUGAUUGUGAAGCUUGUCUGCUGCUGAAAGCCUGUGGAGGAAAGUGCAGAGAGAAUACCGCUGCAAAAGAGACUGAUUGAGAUUUCUCUAUAAUUAUUAUUAUUAUUUUUUUAAAAUCAGCCCUCAGUAAAAUUAUGGUCUGAAGAGGGAAGUUGGUCACAAUGCAGUCGGUGCUCAGUAUUUAGGACAAUUAAUAGAAACACAGACAAGAGAAGCAGUUCUUCUCUUAAAGACCUACGAAACAGUCUAAUUUAUAUUCUAAGGAUAUGAACAAAAUACUCCCUAUAAAGAGGCAUGUAUGUUUUGGUGGCAACUGUUUCAAGUUUUAGUAUAUUGUUUAAACAUAUUCUGAAGAUUUUCCUCAGAGACAGAGAAGACUGUUAUGUCCAUUUUGAGUCACAACAUUUUUUUUUAAUUCAAUUUUCGCUGUCUGUCCCUUUAAAGGUGGAGUAAGCGAUUCUAAGUCAAUGCACUUCUUUAAUAAUAAUAAUGGAUUAGAUUUAUAUAGCGCUUUUCUGGGCACUCAAAGCGCUUCACAAUGGAUCCAUUAUUCAUUCACUCACACAUUCUCACUCUGGUGGUGGUAAGCUACAUUUGUAGCCACAGCUGUCCUGGGGCAGACUGACGGAAGCGUGGCUGCCAAGCCGUGCCUACGGCCCCUCCGACCACCACCAACAUUCACACGCAUUCCUACACCGGUGUGAGGUGUUCUUUAGCUGUUUUAAUCUGUAAUUCACUUCUUCCAAAUUAAAAAGAACAUUUUCGAUAUCAACGUCAUCAUUCUUGUAAAAAAAUGUCACCUUUACGAUUUGUGUUUAUGGGGAUUCCCAUUGCAUAUCUCCACAGUUCAGAUGCAGAUAUCCACAGUGCUAAUUGCGUAUAUUUGUACCUGAAUUAUGAUCAGUUGUACAGGGUGGGGAAGCAAAAAUGUCCUGUCAGGGAAAAACAACUAUAAAUGGGUAUAACUUUUUUAUUCUUUGGAAUUUUGAACUGAUUUCUUGAAGAACACAAAUUUAAAGCUUUCCAAACAUGUUUAUUCAGUAUGUCCUCCAUCAGCCAUGAUGGAGGCCUCGAUACAGCCUCUGAAAGAGGCACAGGCCCUCCUGAUAUCCUCCUUGGGGUAGGCCUCCCAUUCCCUGGAGAAUGCAGCCUUAAGUAAAUCCAUAUUGGCAUGAGGGGUGGCAUUAGUCCUCAACUCACUGGCGCCCCAUCAGAAAAAAAUCCAGGGGGUUUAGAUCAGGUGAGCUCGGGGGCCAAAUGCCUUUGGGCCAGAAGUUCGCCAUAUUCUACUCACAGAACUUUUGGACCUUGAUUGAUGUGUGAGCAGGAGCCCCAUCUUGCUGCCACACAUAGUUGUUGUCAGGGUAGGUGGCCUUCAGCCAGGGCAAAACGGUGUAUCUCAGAACUUUGUAGUACACAUCAGCCCCAAUUUUCUGAUCUGGCUUGAAGAAGUAGGGGGGCAUCUUAUUGCCAUCUGAGCCCAAGACUCCCAGGACCAUCUGGAGAUCUCUUGGUGCCCAAACUGGAUUGUCUGGCAUGCUGGAUGCAGCAAAUGGUCCUCUCACUGAUGCCAACAAUCUUGGCAAUGACCUUCUGAGGGAUUUGGGCAUCCAGGAGAUCACAAACCCUGUUGCGUUUUGCUUGUUGCUUGCUCACUUCACAAUGCACCAAGGUCUGACAAAUACUAAAAAGAUUGGUUAAAGGUAAGGAACUUUGAUUUUAAUUGUUGUUUUGAUUAUCCUCACCGUUUGGGCAGGACAUUGAAAUUUGUCAAUAGGACAUUUUUGCUUCUCAACCCUGUACUUCCAGUCUAAUUUACUUCUAGAUAUCUGUAAUUUUCCUCAAUUCUAAUUCAUUGUAGAUACAUUAGGUUUUACUGAUGAAUGAUGUCGAUAUCUCAAACUGGAAUUAUGCCUUAUAAUUACAGAUACCUUGAACUGGAAUUUUGACUUGGGCAAUUGAUGUUGGAGAUGUUGGUAGUUACAUCAAAAGCUAGUUAGUAGCCUGAGACCAAGAUUGGAAAUUUUUACCACAAAUUUCUUCUCAACAAAUCGCCCAUUCUCCAAAAGCUCCUCGCUUAUGAGCUUUUUCUAUUUCACACCAUUUCCGAAUGAUCUUAACAACCACAGCAGCCAACAUCACUUCCUGUAACACUGUUAAAGAGCUUUGGUGGACCAAUAUCCAAAGGAAAGCUGUGUUUUAGACAUGUUGAGUUAAAAUUCUGACUCAUUGUGUGACUAAAACUAGUCAAAAUGAUGUUGAUAUCUGUCAUUUUAAUUCUAGACAGUCAGACUUAGCUAUUAAAUGCUAAAUGUUAAGGCUGCUCAACAUAGGCAGCACUUGCUAACCAACUUAAACAUGCAAACUAGCUAAAUAUCAACAGAAUUGCCGACUCCACCUUUAAAUACUAAUUCACAACUAUUGCCAUAUGUGGUCAAAGAAAAAAAAGAGCCACCCAGUCAGUGAAAACUUCUUCCACUCCAGAUGUAGUCUUUUCGUAUUUCCUCCUUCUAAGCACUUUGCCUACGCAGAAACUCCUUUGCAUCAGCUGAAAACUGCUGCCAGUGUGGUGUUUUCUGCAAACGGACUACGUUGGCAGCUAAUAACAGCGGCAUAGUGAAAUUCACCCCAAGGCGCAGAUCCUGUCCCAUAAUCAUCACUGGAAAGCACCACUGUGAUAUUUUGGUCAGCAGCUUUGGGGGCAAUAAUUUAAAAGUGGGAGGACACGUCGGCUCUGGAUGAACUCACCGCUGGACGUGACAAUACAUUUUCUGACUAUACUGUCGCAGUAGAGCCAGUCAGCACAGAGAACAUUUUGGGCCUGUCCUGGUUUUUUCUUCCACAAAGUGAAGGACUGAAAGGAUGGGGAAUAAAAGGCGCUUCACAUACUUUGAAUUUGAAAAUUCUCUUUUAUGUGAGCAAACAAAUGUCGAAAACAAUCCUUUACAGAUACCCAUGAUCUCAGUAGGGCUUCUUUGUGUUGAAAAAAAGAAACCCUAUUUGCCAACUAAGAAAGGUACCCAUAUUCAUGUGUCUGACCACAUGUAUGCCCUCUGACUUUUCCUACAUAUGCCCAUGAAACGCCUUAGUAUGUGACAUGUCCGAGUACAAAAUUUUCGGGCUGAAACCUCAAACGGCCUCUUUUUUUUUUUUAAAAAAAAGCUACUACAAAGCCACAACAAACUUAGGCAAAUUAAGAGGCUAAAUACAAUGUUUGGUUUAUUCAUAAAGGAUGUACAGGACUGAUUUUGAGAGACUCCUGUGUGCAAUAGGGCUGCUGUAAAAUCUGUAACCUACCGGCCAGAUUCCACCUCUAAGGAUCCCUCCCAGUACGUAAGAAGACACUGUUUUCAGUCUAAAAUGUUUGGUGACUCAGUUUUCCUCCCUGGAGUGCGAUAAAGCCUUCCUUCAGCACUGAUUUGGGUGAAGCAGAUUGUGAAUCCGGUGCAUGAGGAUACCAUGAUGUGAGAUCUGCCUCCACAGUGUUGUUCGUCUUCGUACCAAGCUGCUGUAGUUGUUAUUAGAAGGACUGAAGUGAAACUCGUGGUGUUUUGAUUGACCCAAAGCGACGUCGUCCUGUUGUGGUGUUGAAACUCUGAUGUUAGAAAAAUUUUUGGUUCUGUUCUCGAUUUCGUUUGUCCCAUCUGUUUCUUUCAGCUAUUUUAAAGUCACUUAAAUGGUAUUUGCUGUUCCUCCUGCCAUUUCUUCCUCAUUUUUUACGUGUUUGCUUCCCAGAAAGUGUUUGGUUAUAAACGCCUACUGUACAGUUGGUUUUCAUUGUUUCUCUCCUCCUGGGCUGAUGGAAAUGAAGUUCAUGCUGCCGAAUUUAUAAAUGUAUUUUUUAUUAAAGAAUUAAUUAUUUUUUAA